AAGAACGCUGAUGAGAACGAGCUGAGAGCCAUCGCCUCCAAACCGGAGGAAACACACGUGUAUAAGGUGUCUGAUUUCAGCUUCAUGUUAGACAUCAUGGAGAAACUCACCAGGAGCGUCUGCGAGCGCAUCUCUGAACUCAACGACACCCGAUCUAAUGCUCCCAGUGACCUUAUGACCUCUGAGGUCACGGCCAGGAGAUUCUGUGUUGCUCGUCCAGUGAAUCUCUAAGAGGCGCCGAGAGCACAAGUGACAAAAACAAUGAUGAUGAUGGAGAGGAAGAUGAAGAUGCCGUCAGAAGGGCUUCUGUUUGCAGCAUUAUGUGGUUGUUCUGAAAAACAAAAAACAUGCACUGAUUGAUCACAGGCCUCAUUGAUCUGAGCUCAUGCUGCUUAGUUUUUGAAAUCUCUUCACUGACUUUUGGAGUCGUUCAGUCUUCAUUCGCUCUGACUGCGCUGGAUUCACCUCAUCUGAUCUGACCACUCGUUCUUAACAGCAGCUGAGAGGAUGCGGGUUCGAGUGCUGCUGGUCCUGAUACUCACAUCAGUAUUAAUCACACAUGCUCAAGAGGAUGUCUUCACAUGUGAAACUCCAGCUGAUAUUGUGAUUCUGGUGGACGGAUCGUGGAGUUUCGGUCGUGUAAACUUCCAAACUGUGAGGAACUUUCUGGAAAGUUUUGUUGGGUCCUUCACGGUUGGAUCAAACCAAACACUCGUUGGUUUGGUGCAGUACAGCGGGGAUCCACGGAUCGAGUGGCAUCUGAACACUCACAGCACUAAAGAGGCCCUGAUCAAUGCUGUGAAGAAUCUGCCUUAUAAAGGAGGAAACACAAACACAGGUUUUGCUUUGACAUUCAUUUUGAAGAACAGCUUCAAAGCUGAAUCUGGAUCCAGGUCUGAUGUUCCUAAGAUUGUGAUUCUGAUCACGGAUGGGAAAUCUCAGGACGAUGUUCUGCUCCCUGCUCAGAGUCUCAGAGACACUGGGAUUGAGCUCUUUGCUAUCGGAGUGAAGAACGCUGAUGAGAACGAGCUGAGAGCCAUCGCCUCCCCACCGGAGGAAACACACGUGUAUAACGUGGAUGAUUUCAGAUUCAUGUUAGACAUCAUGGAGAAACUCAACAGGAGCGUCUGCGAGCGCAUCUCUGAACUCAACAGAGAGAUCAGCGUGAACAUCCACACAUGUGAAACUCCAGCCGUCGCCGAUAUCGUGAUUCUGGUGGACGGAUCGCGGAGUAUCGGCCGAUUGAACUUCAAAACUGUGAGGAGCUUUCUGGGAUUGUUUGUCAGGGCCUUCGCUGUUGGAUCAGAACAAACACGCAUUGGUUUGGUGCUGUACAGCAAGGAUUCAUGGACCGAGUGGCAUCUGGACACUCACAGCACUAAAGGGGCCCUGACUGACGCCGUGAAGAAUCUGCCUUAUAAAGGAGAAAACACACGCACAGGUCUUGCUCUGAUGUAUAUUCUGGAGAACAGUUUCAAAGCUGAAUCUGGAUCCAGGUCUGAUGUUCCUAAGAUUGUGAUUCUGAUCACGGAUGGGAAAUCAAGUGACGAUGUUCUUCUUCCUGCUCAGAGUCUCAGAGACGCUGGGAUUGAGCUCUUUGCUAUGGGAGUGAAAGACGCCAGUGUGAAAGAGCUGAGAGCCAUCGCCUCCCCACCGGAGGAAACACACGUGUAUAACGUGGAUGAUUUUAGCUUUAUGUUAGACAUCAUGAAGAAACUCAACAGGAGCGUCUGCGAGCGCAUCUCUGAACUCAACAGAGAGAUCAGCGUGAACAUCCACACAUGUGAAACUCCAGCCGUCGCCGAUAUCGUGAUUCUGGUGGACGGAUCGUGGAGUAUCGGCCGAUUGAACUUCAAAACUGUGAGGAUCUUUCUGGGAUUGUUUGUCAGGGCCUUCGCUGUUGGAUCAGAACAAACACGCAUUGGUUUGGUGCUGUACAGCAAGGAUUCAUGGAUCGAGUGGCAUCUGAACACUCACAGCACUAAAGGGGCCCUGACUGAUGCCGUGAAGAAUCUGCCUUAUAAAGGAGAAAACACACGCACAGGUCGUGCUCUGACGUAUAUCCUGAAGAACAGUUUCAAAGCUGAAUCUGGAUCCAGGUCUGAUGUUCCUAAGAUUGUGAUUCUGAUCACGGAUGGGAAAUCUCAGGAUGAUGUUCUUCUUCCUGCUCAGAGACUCAGAGACGCUGGGAUUGAGCUCUUUGCUAUCGGAGUGAAGGACGCUGAUGAGAACGAGCUGAGAGCCAUCGCCUCCCCACCGGAGGAAACACACGUGUAUAACGUGGAUGAUUUCAGAUUCAUGUUAGACAUCAUGGAGAAACUCACCAGGAGCGUCUGUGAGCGCAUCUUUGAACUCAACGACACCCGAUCUGAUGCUCCCAGUGACCUUUUGACCUCUGAGGUCACAGCCAGGAGAUUCUGUGUUACUCGUCCAGUGAAUCUCUAAGAGGCACCGAGAGCACAAGUGACAAAAACAAUGAUGAUGAUGAUGAUGAUGGACAGGAAGAUGAAGAUGCCGUCAAAGUGCUUUUGUUUGCAGUGUUAUGUGGUUGUUCUAAAACACAAACAACCCUUUAUUGUUUUAUCUUUUCAUACCUUGCUUCAUCUUUCUUUAUAAUAAAUGAUAUUUUAAGUGUGAAUUAAGUAUUCAGAUAUUUUUUCUCAGAGAUCCGUAUCAUAAUUAUAACAGUAUCAUCAGACUCACCUGGAGACGGGCU